AUGCGAUCUAUGCUCAGUCAUGUAGGAGGCAUCGAAUCGAACUUGCACCUUGUGUUUUCGCUUCGUCGCAGUAAUGGUGCUCGUCUGUCUCCGAAGCCGAUAUGUGAUCGACAGACGAAGGAAUACCGUUGGACGACCUUUCCGCUCUCCGUCCUCAUCUCCGUCGUCGACUACGACGACGACGUCGCCCGACUCGGCGGCUUAUCGACAAUGUGCGAGACGGCUGGCGGCGAGCCGACUGAUUCGCGCUGCUGCCGUCGCCCUCCGCUCCGCCGCCGUCUGUGGGCGCUUGCCGCGUGCCGCUCUGCGCUCUCCGUCGCCUCCACGGUCUGCUCGCGGCUUGAACGCCGACGCCGCCCACCGCCGCCGGCGUCCGUCUGCGUUCAAGCUGCAGCCGCUCGCUCACGCGUCAUUCCGUCUGCUUAG